AUGUUGGGGGUGCAGAGUCAUGAUCAGGACGAGAAGCUCACUGUGACCCAGGACCUCCCUGUGAAUGAUGGAAAACCUCACAUCGUCCAUUUCCAGUAUGAGGUCACCGAGGUGAAGGUCUCUUCCUGGGAUGCAGUCCUGUCCAGCGAGAGCCUCUUUGUAGAAAUCCCAGAUGGAUUAUUAGCUGAUGGGAGCAAAGAAGGAUUGUUGGCACUGCUAGAGUUUGCUGAAGAGAAGAUGAAAGUGAACUAUGUCUUCAUCUGCUUCAGGAAGGGCCGGGAAGAUAGAGCUCCGCUCCUGAAGACCUUCAGCUUCUUGGGCUUUGAAAUUGUGCGUCCAGGCCAUCCCUGUGUCCCCUCUCGGCCAGAUGUGAUGUUUAUGGUUUAUCCCCUGGACCAGAACUUGUCCGAUGAGGACUAA